AUGGCAGUCCCGCAGGACGCGGUUGCGAGUGUUCUGGAGAUGGCCAUCGGCCGGAUCGCGUCUUCGGCGCCGGUCCUCUGCGUCGCCGCGCUCCAGAUGCUGCCGCCGCGCGAGGAGCUGCUGGAGGCGGGGGCCGGGCAGCUGCGCUGGGCGUGCUUCGACCUGGAGUGCACGGGGCUCGACCUGCACGCCGAGAUGCUGCAGCUGGCGGCGUGUGCGGGCCCCGCGCCCCCCGCGUCCAGCUUCUCCUGCUACGUGCUGCCCCCCACGAGGCGCGUGGGCGCGGGGGCGGAGGCGCUCACCGGCCUGCGCGUGGAGGGCCGCGGCUGCGCCCGGGCUCUGCUGGACACCAGGUCGGGCGAGCGGCUGGACGCGCUGCCCGAGCGCGCGGCGCUGCUGCGCUUCGUGGCGUGGCUGCGGCAGCUGCGCGGGGCGGGCGCGGGGCUGGUGCUCGUCAGCCACGGCGCCGUGCUGCUGGACGUGCCCGUGCUGCUGCUGGCGCUGCGCCGGACCGGCCUCGCCGAGCACUUCGCGCAGGUGGUUGUCGGGUUCUGUGACUCAAACGCUGUGUUCCGGAGCGACAAGUCCAUCCAGAAGUACUCCCUGCAGCAUCUGUAUGGGCGGUUCGUUGGCUGGCGGGACGAGUCUCAUCGUGCUGAGCAGGAUGCUGCGGACUUGUUCACCGUGCUGCUCAAAUACUUUAACACGACGGAGCUGAGCCUGGGCGAGGCGGCGCUCGCGCGCUGCACCUACACCACGGACUGCAUGCUGCGCCACGUGGCGUGGCUGGAGUGGGCCCAGCCGCACCGCGCGCCGCUGCGCCGCCUGCUGGCCCGCUGUCCGCAGAGCAGCGCCCGGCUGCGCAAGGGGCUGCUGCGCAACCUGCUGGCGGCGGGGCUGACCCGCGAGGCGCUGGCCGAGCUGCGCGGCGACCCCCAGGCCCUGAGGGCGCGCGUGCAACAGCAGGUCGCCGACAUGAAGCAGCGCCGCGAGAGCUACCUCACCGACACGGCCGACGUCUCGGCGGAGCAGGUGGCCGCCGUGGUCUCCGCGCUCCUCCUGCUUCCUCAAUAGAGCCUUCUCAUUUCACCACCUCGCGUCCAGCCUGGUGUGCAGUGCUGCAAUCACUACCCAGCGCCCGGUUGUGUUUCAUACAGUUCACAUGAAACCUUACAAGUUUAUGCGAUACGCGAAGAUCACAGUUGCAGUUAAUGGCCACAGCAACGUUUACGGGUUUUUAGAAUUUUUUUAUUGUUAACAUUGAAAAAUUGUGCUUUAUCGUAUUUGCUCCCGGGCCCCCGGGUUUCUCUCGAUGGACCUGUGCAUAAGUUCAUAAAGUAUUCGUCAACAUGUGUGUUAACUACACAAAUUAUUGUUUUUACUAUUAUUUACGUUUAUGGGAUGGAUAGGAUUGAAAUAACCCCUUUUGUAAUAAUUUUUAUGUCAUAAUAUUUUUAUCGUUUGGUAUUGAAAAUUUGCCUUCGUUCAGGCAUAAGAUGUUUACAAAGAUCAUAACAUAGUUCUAUUAAAAGUAUUGUAUUCAUUCCCAUGAACAAAUGAGAUACCUCCCAACAAAGAUUUCUCAAUGUAAACUAUUUGUGGCAGCAAGUCGCUAUUAUCUUCAGACAUUCAGUGAGGGCGUAUCCAGGUCCAUGUGAGGGGAGGUUCCGUGGAGCCAUACUAUAAUAAACAAUAACCAAAGAAAAAAUAUGUUCUUUAAAUGACACGCAAUGGGGAAUGUUUAUUUAAUACAAUUUUUUUGGACAUACGCCAUUGCAGUUUAUAGAAUUCAAAAUAAGAAAUUAAAUUGAAAACAUAAACCCACAGAGAACAAGUCUAAAUAAGCUGAUGUCGAACAGAUGGACCCAAAGAUGAAACUAAGCAUGUUUUAUGGACGACACAAUGCCGACAGCACUGACGAAAACAGUAGAUUUCCCAUGACCAAACAGUAUUGAUGUCGUGGGAAAUCUUCUGUUUCGUCGGUGCUUUCGACGUCGUGUUGUCCAUAAUACCUGUUUAUUUCCAUAGUUGAGUUCGUAUGUUUGCUGCGUUGUCCAGGUUUAUUGUCUGUCUGCAUUUACUAUGCUUGUUGAAAAUGAUUCGUCGUUGUUAUCCCACUGUGCUGUGUGUUCGUCUGUGCUGUUAUAUUUUGUAUGACUGAAUUCCUUCCAGGGAUUUAGUCUAAUAUUUUAAGUUUUAAUGUGUUCGUCUGUACUGUUGUAGCGUUAUCCAAAUUACCUGUUUAGUUUCAUCGUUGGGACCAUGUAUUUGACAUCGGCUGAUUUAGGCUUGUUCUCUGUGGGUUUAUAUAUUCAUUUUUAUUUAUAUCCCCCUAAUACGCCACUGAUUCUAGCAUUUGGCUGGAGCGCUUUUGGGAAACCAAAGUGAAACCAAAAUCGGGAUGGCCGGGCUGUGUUCUUUCCUACGAGUCCAGCUGAGACCGCUGUGCGUCACCCCGCUCCGCCACGACCCCAGAGGCUUGCCAGUGCAGACAGGCUCGUCAGGCAGUUUCGGUCGUCAGUUGUGAACUCGGUGCAGGACUUACGCGAUCUCCAGCGACGUGGGCCCUCGCUACACCAAAUAUAACAAGCGCCCAAGUUACAGUCACUCGCUGGGCGGAGGGUUUAAUUGAGAAAAUCAACAAAUUACUGGCCGAAAAUCUACUAACUAAACCAGUUGUAACCCCGCCAAAAUGUGCGGUGUCGAGCAAAAGAUACUAAAAGCAGAAAUCGAAACAAUUGCAAACAUAGCAGAGCUCAGGUUGGUUUAAACUAUAAACACAAUAAAAAUCAGAAUAUCAUAAUUAUUUACGCACAUGGUAAAAAUCGCACAUAAAAAUUUUAUAUUACAAAAUAUAAGUAGCAGUUAUCUGGGAGCAUAAAAAAAUAUAUUAUAAGCUUAAUGCUACGGGUAGAAAUUGGCCAAAUAAUUACA